AUGGACGGCUUUCAGCGAGUUUCUGGAAGGUGCGAGAGGCGUUUCAGUGGAAGAAGUGGUGAUGAAAGCGUAGGCGAGGAGGAGGACGACGACGAUAUGCCGGACCUUUGCAGCGACCCUGAAGAUUGUGAUUACAACGAGAUUCAAGACGGUGGGGAUCAAGAAAUUAGGGAUCAAGGCGGUGGGGAUUAUAGUCGCGGGGAUGAAGGAAGGGAGAAUGGGUACGGGGGUCAGGAUGGGGAUGGGUCUCGAAGUCAAAAUGGUCGGGAAGUCGAAGAGGCAUUGUGGUUCGAUGAUGCUGCAGCGACGGCGACGCUAGCGGGUGUGACGGAAGCGGGGGAAGCGGUAGCGGAAGUUGAGGAAAGUGAGCUGCCAGAUCUUGUAUCGCCUCGUACGAGCACGUCACCGCUUGUGACUGAAACGGGUGCGACCGAAACGAGGCCUCUGAAUGAAAAUGAAGCCGCAGCAAGCGAGGAUGAGCUGCCAGCUCUUACCAGCGGCAGCGAUGGUGGUGCUCUUAGCGAGAGUGACCAUAGCGAGUACGACGAGGACGAGGAAAACGAGGUAGAGGAACGGUGGUGGCGGAGGGAGAAUGAGACCGCGGGCGUCAGGGGCCGUUACUACAACGAGCACGAAGAGAGCGACAAUAGCGAGUACAGCGAGAGUGACAAUAGCGAGUACGAGGUGGAGGAGAGGGACGCAGAGAAUCGAAUCCCAGGCCGCAGGGAACGCGGAAAUUGGGCGGCGGAUCACUUUCUUAGCACUUUAAGACAACUGGAGGGUUUGUUGCUGGAGAUAGGAGGCUCAUGGUCUAGCCUUGAAGGGGCGGAGGAAGACGACGGGCAUGAGGCGGAAAGGGAGGGCGAGGAAGAAGAGGAUGGGGAGGAGGAGGAGGAGGAGGAGGAGGAGGAGGAGGAGGAGGAGGAGGAGGAGGAGGAGGAGGAGGAGGAGGAGGAGGAGGAGGAGGAGGAGGAGGAGGAGGAAGGAGAGGGGGGAUGGAGUGAUGAAGAGGAGGAGCAUGUGGGAGGGAGGGCGCGCGUGCCGCUGUUUCGCAUGGGCGUUGAGAGGCUGGCGUCUGGCUUUAACAGCGGACGGGGCAGACGCGGACGACGAGGGGUGAGGCGAGGGGGCGUGGCGGGGACUGGAUUGAGAGGUGAGGUUACGGGGCUUGAGGGGAGGGAGGGGAUGGAGGGAGGGGUUUCAGGACGAGCCAACAUGCAGCGGGCGGUUCCUGCAUCCUCCACGUCAUCAUCUCCUGCCCCUGCUGCAGCUGCAGGAACAGGAUCAGCAGCAGCAGCGUCGUUAUCGUCAUCAUCCACGUCAGCAUCGUCUGCGUCUUUGUUGUCAGGACCGUUAUCCGCAGCACAAGCAUCGGAAAUGGCACGGCUGGAGGGCGCAGCACCGGUCUUUCUGAGACCUUUUCAGGAGGUCGAGGGAGCAACUCCUGCUGUGCAGCAGGGCGAGAGGGAGCGAGGCGAAGCACCUGACAGAGAAGCCUUCGAGAGAGAAGCGCUCGAGAGGCACGCGCGGGAGGCAGAGGCGCAGGCGUUUGUAGCCGGGCCCACAGAAGACAGGGGAGCGGGGCUGCUGAGGCGACUGAGAGCAGCCCAGCAGCAGGCGCUGCUGCGGCUGGAGGUGGGGCUGGAGCGGCGCCUGCAGCAGCUGAUGCAGGAGCUCGUGGGGCCGUCCGUUCAUGUGGAGUUCAGCCUUCGCCGCGGCCGGCUUGUUAAUGCUGAUGGUAGCCUUGCUGCUGGUGCUGAUGGCGGUGCCGGUGCUGGUGCUGGUGCUGGUGCUACUGGUGCUGGUGCUGGUGCUGGUGCUGGUGAUGCUGGUUCUGGUGCUGGUGGUGGUGGUGGAGUUGGUGGUUUGUUUGGUGCUGGUUUUGGUGGUGGUGGUGGUGCUGGUGGGCUGGCCUUUGGCGGGGCUGGGUUCGAGGCUCGGAUACACUGGGGCGCCGGACCUGCUGCUGCCGAACCUGCUGGCUUCGCAGGCGCGGGUGGUGCCACCACGGAUUCAGACGGAGUCACAACCACAACCAUCGUCUUUGGCAACAGAGGCCACUUUGGUAACCGAGGAGACUAUCUCGACGGCCCUGGCUUAGACGCUUUUCUCGACCAGCUCGUUGCGGCAGACGCCCAACAACGCGGCAACCCCCCGGCGGCUCUCUCCGCGGUCGACGCGCUGCCAGCUGUCGUCGUGCGAUUGGAGGACGUGGAGAGCGGCGCGUCGUGCUGUUCGGUGUGUAAGGAGGUGGCAGAGGUGGGGGAGGAGGUGGUGAGGCUGCCGUGCCGGCACUUGUAUCACGGCGGGUGCAUUCGGCAGUGGCUUGCUGUGAGAAACUCUUGCCCCAUCUGCCGGUUUGAGUUGCCCACUGAUGAUGAGGAUUACGAGGAGAGGAGGAGGUUACGAGAGUGGGAGCAAACGGGGCGGUCGCAGGGGGUGGGGGAGGAAGCCGGGCGGCGGCAGAGAGAGGGGGGAGAAGCGGGGCAGAGGCAGGGGGAGGGGGGGGAAGCAGGGCUGUGGCAGGGAGAGGGGGGAACGGAUGGGUGGCGGGAACAGGAACCGCAGCAGCAGGGGCUGCAGGAGAGGAGGUGGCAGAGAGAGGUGCAAGCAGAUGGGACAUUUCGGGAGCAGGAGCGGAGGCAGGAGCGGAGGCAGGAGCGGAGGCAGGAGCAGGAACAGGGGCGGGAGCAUGAGGACCAGCAGCAGGAGGCGGGGCAGCAGCAAGAGGGGGAAGCACGUGUGGUCGGAGGGGAUGGGGAGCAGGCUUUACUAGGAGCUGGCAGCGUAAGAGGCAGUGAGCAGCGGCAUAAUGGCAUGACAAGAGCUGACGUGCAACUCGUGGGAGGAGGGGAUGGGCAGCGGGCUUUGGUAGGAGCUGACAGGCCUAUAGGCGGCACUGAUCGCCAGCAGCAUGGGGUGGCACGAGCUGGCGCGCAGCAGGUGGUGGGUGAAUGGAGUGAGGAGUUGGAAGGCGGCAGGAGUGGUGAUCAGAGGCCUUCGGAAGGAGAUAGUGAAGAGGGAGUAAGGGAGAGCGUGGGAGAGGACGAGGGGGGGGAUGGUGUGGGGAGCAUGAGUUUGCACGGCCACAGCGAAGUAGUUCGUGGUGCGGGGAGGGGAAGGGGCGGGCGGGCGCGCAGGCAAGGAGGCCAUUUGCUGCGCCUGGCUGGCGUGGUUGCAGCGUUUGCUCUGGGGAGGUCUGUUGUGAGGCGUAUUCGAAGGGGAGAGCCGGGUCCAUUGGAGAUGAGCUCAAGGGAGGCGUGA